AUGGUAGACAGCAAUAAUUACCAACCGGAGCGUCAGGCAUUACUUGAUAAUGACCAGCACCUCUCGAAUAAUAGCAAAUUAUCUUCGAAUCCCAAAAAGUACGUACCCACUCCGCAAGAUACAAGAAAGUCUAGGGCUUCAUAUACAGGAAGUGCCAUGAUUAAUCCCAUAAGUAAACAGAGCCGUACAGGUGCAGGUGCCCAAAGAACAUCACGUACAGCGCAAAAACUAAAACUUCUGCCAGAAGAGCCAUUCCAAAGAGACGACGAAGGACUUACAGACCUAAAGAAUCAGGAAGUGUAUUCCCAGGUAAAUAGAAUAAAAGAUAAGCCCGCGAGAAGAGAUGCUGAAAAGCUAGGAAAGGCUCACAGGCAUUUGCUCCCAAGGUCUACUGCAUAUUGUACUUCUAGCAGUUACAACAUGAAAGAACUGAUAAGAUGGUUAAAGGAUUCUCGAAAGAUACAUCACACCCAUCCAAAAUUAUUCGAUGAAUGUUUGUACACCCCGUUUAUAUACAACGACUGGAGAGGUGACAAAAGAUUUGAACAUGAAGACGUUAUUCGGUUAGACGAUGAAGGUGGUGAAAUUAUUGUUAGUGAUAAGCACCCAGAUUUGUUCAUUUUUGAAUAUGGGGUUGUCGUUAUGUGGGGAUUCACGGAAAGAGAAGAGAAGGCGUUUUUAAAUGAUAUAGAAAAGUUUGAAAAGGAAAAAUUAGCUGAAGAAGAUAUUCAAGUAGAAGAGUUUAAUUAUUAUGUGACAAAAAGUUAUCAACCAAGGAUCUACAACGACUUCAUUACUCUGAGAGACGGCUCGAACUAUAUGGUCAAGCUCUCAAUAUCUCAUGCAAUUGCUCAAAGUGUGAAGAUUUCUUUAUUUGAGGAGUUGGUAGAUAAUACUAUCGAAGAUACUCAGGAUAUACCGCAAGAAAUUGCGUAUAGUGGGAAAGUUUCUAUGAGCAAAGAGGACAUAAUGAAAAGCAUAGGUGAGCUAUUUAUCCUAAGAAUUAACAUAAACUUGCAUGGAUCGGUUUUAGACUCACCUGAGAUUAUGUGGUCAGAGCCUCAACUAGAACCUAUAUAUCAAGCAACUAGAGGGUAUUUGGAAAUCAACCAACGUGUUUCACUUUUGAACCAAAGACUGGAAGUCAUCUCGGAUCUUCUCCAAAUGCUGAAGGAACAACUGGGCCACUCCCAUGAGGAGUACCUUGAAUUCAUUGUUAUAUUACUGGUCGGUGUGGAAGUGCUGAUAUCGGUGAUAAAUAUUGUGGUUGACAUGUUCGCCAGCCAACGUUGA